AACCUGGCCAUUUUUAUUGUCUUCUUUGUCCCCUUCCUUCUCCAAUUCCUCAUUCAAAUUUCACACCUGACUGAGAGCUAGGGCUCUGUUUCGUUUCGUUGUCGCUACUAUGGAAUUGGACAACGCCGGAGUUUCUGACGCCGGCGGCAUUAACAAGAAGAAGCAGUGUUUCAGAGCCGAGAUUGAUACAUCGGCGCCGUUUGAAUCGGUAAAGGAGGCCGUCACUCGAUUCGGCGGUGUUGGUUACUGGAAACCCCCCCAUUCUACCCUCUCCGUUGCUCAGCGCGAAUCAGAAGAGGCUGAUGCUGGAAAGCUAGAGGAGCAGACAGAUGUGUUACAUAAAGAACUGGUUUUGAAAGAGAGGGAAACACUAGAAGUGUUAAAAGAACUAGAAAGCACAAAGAGGCGAGUGGAAGAUUUGAGAUUAAAAUUACAGAAGGAGGAAUCUGAAGUUAGGAAUUUAACCCUUGAGACGAGUGUUUGUGAUAAAACCGCAAGCAUCAAGGAGAAAGAGGGUAAGGAAAACCAAGGGAGUCCCUUACCUUCAUCUAGCCCGGGUUCGAUAUUGAUGGAGCUAAAGCAAGCUAAGUUGAAUUUAACAAGAACUACCACUGAUCUUGCCGAUGUUCGUACUUCUGUUGACUCGCUCAAUAAGAAAUUGGAGAAGGAAAGAAACUCGCUCGAAAAAACCCGUGAGAGGUUUACUCAUAAUUCGUCAAAAAUAUCAUCUCUUGAGAAUGAAUUAAACCAGAUGAGACUAAGAUUACAAGUGACAAAGGAUGCCGAAGAUUCUUACGAUAUUAACAAAGAACUCCAACGAUUGAGUUCUGAGGCAGAUAAUUUCAAGAAAAUGGGAGAAGUUGCGAAAUCAGAAGUCUUGAGAACAAUAUCUGAGAUUGAACAGACGAAAACUAUGAUAAGGACAGCUGAAAUUAGGCUUGUUGCAGCCAGAAAGAUGAAAGAAGCUGCUCGAGCUGCAGAAGCAAUGGCCCUAUCUGAAAUUAGUACUUUAUCAAAUUAUGAGAUGUCAGAUGGAGAUUCCAUGCAAAAGCAGGAUGGAGUAACUCUGUCAUUUGAAAAGUAUAAUAAUCUCACAAGGAAAGCUCAAGAAGCUGAGGAAAAAUCAAAGAAGAGAGUGGUGGACGCGAUGCUUCAAGUUGACGAAGCAAAUGUGUCAAAAAUGGAUAUCCUUAAAAGGGUAGAGGAAGCUGCAGAGGAAGUUAAGACCAGCAAGAUAGCUCUGGAAGAAGCUCUGGAAAGGGUGGAGGCUGCAAAUAGAGGGAAGCUGGCUGUUGAAGAGGCAUUAAGGAAGUGGAGAGCAGACAGUAACAAAAGGCGAUCCUCAAUACAGAAUUCUAUCAAGUUCAAAAAUGCUUACCCGUCUCACCGGAGAGAUUCUUGGUUACUUGAUGUGAAUGGAUUGAAUCUUGUGAAUGAUGAAAUCAAACCAGUUCUAAAGCCAUCCCUAUCAAUAGGGCAAAUUCUGAGCAGGAAGCUGCUUAUGCCUGGGGAGUAUGAAGCCGCUGGCAUGGUUGAAGGAAGAAGUUCAGUGAAACGAAAGGUGUCUCUUGGUCAAAUGCUUGGGAAACAAAAUGAUGAUCCAGAGUUUAGUAAUGGUGGCAAAGUUGACAAGGAGGAAAGUGUCCAGAAGCAGUCUUCUGCUAAGAGGAAGAAAUUUGGAUUCGCCAGAUUCUCUCUUCUUUUGGCGAAACAACAGAAGAAAAAGAAGAAGAAACCGUCUAUGAAUUUAAGGUGAUGGGGCUGUUGGAUCUUGUCGAUAUUUAUGAUUCAGCUUCAUCUAGAACUGACAAGUGACAAGAGUGAGACUAAUGGCUUCUUUCUGUUGUGUCCAGUACACAUCUCUUUCACGUAUUCUGAUUACUUCACUUGAAUCACCUAUUCUGUUGAAUCUCUCUCACCUAUUCUGUUGGACCUUGUUUGUGUGUAAGCAUGUUGUUACCCCCCUUCUUGUGCUGAUUUGUUGGAUGAUUCUAUUGAAUUGUUGAUCUACUAUGAUCUGAUUUCAUCGUUUU